GGGGGUGUGGGGGGAGACUGCUGUUGGGUGAAGAGGACCCGGAGUCCCUAGUGGGCGAGGGGACAAGGCGCUCGCGGGGCAGCCAACAAGGUCGGCAGAGCCAGCGCCGACGCAGCUGCUCGCUCCCGUCCGUGCGGAGGGCGGGUGCGGCGAGGCCCCGGGUCCGGGCCCGGGUGUCCUUCUCCUCCUCGCGGGUCCGAGCGCAGGUGCGCGCGUGAGAUGGACAAGCGGGUGCGCGCGAUCCACGCGCUCUCCGUGCGGAGCAAGCGUCAAAUUCGUUCUCUCCUGGAUCACAGCAGCUCCUGAGCCUGAAGUGAGGGCCUUGCUGCAGGCAUGGUUGCCGGAUUUAGCCAAAAGACGAACAAAGAAAAACGAAUACUUAUUCAUACUCCAUGUAUAAAAUAUACGUAUUAUGCACUAUAUUAUAUAUUCUACACACAAGCGCAUGUUUAUGUUUGAAUACAUUUACAUAUAAAUAUGUCUUUACAUUAAAUAUAAAUACAUGAAUAUAAAUAGACACACAGGACGCCAGUUAAAUUUGAAUUUCAGAUAAGGGGGUAAUUGUUUAGCAUAAAUACGUGCCAUGUAGUAUUUGGGAACAUAUUUAUCCUAGAAAAUGAUUCGUUGUUUAUAUGAAAUUCAGUUUAAGUGCAGUUUCUGCAUUUUAUCUGGCAACCCUAGCUGGAGGGGACCUCCCCACACCUGAGCACCGGCGGGAAUCCCGGGUGGGACGAAACGCCGCGUCUCCUCUAAGGCGCGGCGGCGCGCGGGGCGCUGGGUGGAGAACUACAAGCCCCACAAUGCCGCGCGUCCGCCCGGAGCCCUGACUGGCUGCGGCGCCCGCCCUCCGUCACUUCCGGCCGCGGAGGGGCGGUUGCGGCGGGCCGGGCGGGCUGGGUUUCGCGGGUGUGGGGUACAGCGGCCGCCAUGAACUUCUCCGAGGUGUUCAAGCUCUCCAGCCUGCUCUGCAAGUUCUCCCCGGACGGCAAGUACCUGGCUUCCUGCGUCCAGUACCGGUUAGUGGUCCGGGAUGCGAACACCCUCCAGAUCCGCCAGCUGUACACGUGCCUGGACCAGAUCCAGCACAUCGAGUGGUCGGCCGACUCGCUCUUCAUCCUGUGCGCCCUCUACAAGCGGGGGCUGGUGCAGGUGUGGUCUUUGGAGCAGCCAGAGUGGCACUGCAAAAUAGACGAGGGUUCGGCAGGGCUGGUGGCUUCCUGCUGGAGCCCCGAUGGACGCCACAUCCUCAACACGACGGAAUUUCACCUGCGGAUAACCGUCUGGUCCUUGUGCACAAAGUCCGUGUCCUACAUCAAAUACCCUAAGGCUUGUCAGCAGGGAAUAACCUUUACCAGGGACGGCCGCUACCUGGCGCUGGCCGAGAGGCGGGACUGCAAAGACUACGUGAGCAUCUUGGUCUGCAGCGACUGGCAGCUCCUGCGGCACUUUGACACGGACACGCAGGACCUGGCCGGGAUCGAGUGGGCCCCCAAUGGCUGCGUGCUGGCCGCCUGGGACUCCUGCCUGGAGUACAAGAUCCUGCUCUACUCCCUGGACGGCCGGCUGCUGUCUACGUUCUGUGCUUAUGAGUGGUCCCUGGGCAUCAAGUCCGUGGCCUGGAGCCCCAGCAGUCAGUUCCUUGCAGUCGGGAGCUACGACGGAAAGGUGCGGAUUCUUAACCACGUGACUUGGAAAAUGAUCACAGAAUUCGGGCAUCCCGCAACCAUUAAUAAUCCCAAAAUAGUGGUGUACAAGGAGGCCGAGAAGAGCCCGCCACUGGUGCUGGGCCGCCUGGCCUUCCCUCCGCCCAGAGCAGCGGCUGGGCCCCUGUCCUCCACGGAGAGCAAAUACGAGGUCGCCUCGGUGCCGGUCUCCUUACAGACUCUGAAGCCUGCCCCCGACAGAGCCAACCCCAGGAUCGGCAUUGGGGCGCUGGCCUUCAGUCCUGACAGCUGCUUCCUGGCGACGAGGAGUGACAGCGUCCCCACCGCCGUCUGGAUCUGGGACAUCCAGAAGCUGAGGCUGCUCGCGGCGCUGGAGCAGCUGUCCGCCGUGCGCUGCUUCCAGUGGGACCCGCGGCAGGCCCGGCUGGCCAUUUGCACGGGGGGCAGCAAGGUGUACCUGUGGUCGCCGGCGGGCUGCGUGUCGGUGCAGGUGCCCGGGGAAGGUGACUUCCAGGUGCUCUCCCUGUGCUGGCACCUGAGUGGGGACUCCCUGGCCCUCCUCAGCAAGGACCACUUCUGCCUGUGCUUCCUGGAGACGGAGCAGGGGGUCGGCACAGCCUUCGGGCAGAGGGGUGACCACACGUAGGACCCGUGCAUGAUCAGGCCCACGUGGCUCAAGGUGGGAGACCUCGGCUUGUGUUGGCCGCGGGAAAGGAGCAGAGCUUCUUGGUGCAGGGUCUCCCACUGGGGUGGCCCGGAGGAAAUGCUUGGCUUCCAUUUUCCUAUAGCAAGGCAUUUUUGUUAAUAUGUAUGGUAUAAAACUAAUUUUUGUUACUUAAAAUAAAUAUUUGCUAAUUCAUAAA